GGGAAGUAGUAGCGUUUCGAGACAUGCAAGGGUUUUUGUAGCACAAACAACUUGGCGCGGUGGAUUCUGUGAUUGGUAUGACCGCAUCGACGUCACUCCGCUCUCCAACGAGGUGAUGUCACCACCAGACCAGUCCCGGUCCAUUUCUGGCAGGUCAGCUUCCCUACUCGCUACAACGUACCGUGCAGCGUGUUCAUGGCGCUCGCGACGUCUGCGUCGACAGAGCUCGAUCAGAAUGAAGUAACUCUUCUCCCAUUUUCUCCGCCUGGCAUUCCGGCGCCAAUCGCUACUGCGCAUUAACCCACAUCAGCCCUCGUCCCCCCCACGCGUUGGAGCAUGUCUUCAUGACCUUGACUUCAUCCACUUCGAUGUCAUUGCCCAAGUGCUACCGUUCGUGAUAGACAGCGAAGCCCAUAGCCCUAUGGUGAAGUGGCCGCCCCUGUACGCGUUCCGACAGUAGGCACACUAAUCCACAAUAAAUCUCAUACCGCCAAGGGUACAAAAGCAUUUGAUCCGCACGUGUCACCUUUUGAAUCUUCACUGGUCGUUCUGCUCGCCUUCUAGCAAGGGUGUGCUGCACGCCGAUUCAAACGCACUGCAGGUAGCAUACCUCUGAAAAAUAUGACGCGAACAAGUUCUACGUCACAAGAACCUGAUUCUGACAUGAAUAUGCUCCGGAGAAAAGCCUCCCUGGGGUCAUCAGCAAGAUCUAUACGGGACUUGUACUUACAUGCCAUCCAGUUACACCCCCCUGAGCAGCGAGCCGACGGACGUCAUAACGGGUCUAGGCCAUCGUCAAGUCUGCUCGUUAUCGGUUCCAAACCUUAAAGAAACGAAAAAAGCCGAUACAAGGGCUGUUGAGGCUGUUCGUCCUGAGCUAGAGAUUACAUGUGGACGCAUAUAUGCGCCCCGAUCGCGAUGUGCAAUCGGACGUGAA